AUGGUUUUGAAAAGAAAAAAAGAAGCUGUGGAACACAACAGUAGAUCUGGGUCUUCAAGGAUGGAUGUUCCAUUUGAAGAUGAACUUAAUAAAAUUGCCUCUUUUGAUGAUAGCAUCCAGACAGACGUACUGGGAAGUGCAAAAGGCAUAAAAAGUUUAAAACCUACCCAAACUAAUUCUACUGCUGGUCCAUCAGCUAUUCCUAGUACUUCUGGCACAUCUAAAAAGAGAAAAACUUGUAAAGACACUCUAAAAGAGAUCCAUAAAGAAAAGGAGAAUUCAAGAGAAAGAUGUCACAAGAAAAAAUUGGACUUAUUCAGAGAAAUAUUUUCUAGCAAUAAAUAA